AUGGCAUUACUAUCAAAAUGUGUAUAUCUCUUAAUAAUCCAAUUUGUAUCAUUGCUAAAUUUAGCAACAGCCAUAAAACUUGAAGAUAUUAUCAUUGAAAAUGGAAUUGAUGAAGAAACUACGCUAACAGAUGAUGAUUUUGCAAAAGCGCCAGAAGAAGAGUAUAACCUUACAUUGUUAGGUAUUCAAAUAAAACCUGAUCCAACAAUGGGUAACAUGACUGAAGGCGAUAUAGUUUUACCAAGUUUUAAAGGAUUUAUUGAUUAUCGAAAUAGUCGUUUAGAACGAAGUGCUGUGAGACAAUUUUACAGACGUUGGCCAAACGGUGAAAUUCCAUACGCAAUUAGUUCACGUUACGGACCGUAUUCACGUUCAGUAAUUGCAAAAGCAAUGCGAAAAUUUCAUGACAUAAGCUGUGUUAGAUUUGUUCCACGUGUUCAUAAUCAACACAGUGAUUAUCUUUACAUUAUGCCACAUGACGGUUGCUAUUCAUUAGUCGGACGUGCUGGUGGACGUCAACUGCUUUCAUUAGAGGCGGAUUGCAUUCAGUCCGGUACUAUAAUUCAUGAAUUAAUGCAUGCUGUUGGCUUUUUUCAUGAACAAUCCAGGCCUGAUCGUGAUGAGUAUAUUGAAAUUAUGUGGCAAAAUGUGAUGCGAGGUGCGGAAGAUCAAUUUGAUAAGCAAAGUCUGCGACAUCUCGACAUACUCAGUGAACCUUAUGAUUACUCAUCAAUCAUGCAUUAUGGGCCAUAUGCAUUUAGCGGUAAUGGACGUCGAACAAUUAUUGCUCUUAAGCCCGGUGCAGGUGAAAUGGGACAACGUGAAUCGUUAUCGAAAAUUGAUAUACGAAAAAUCAAUAAAUUAUAUUCUUGUUCACGAAAAUCAAAACCCAAAAUUAUUAUUGAUGAAAAUUCGAUUGAAGAUAUCGCUGAGGUUACGAGGCCAGUAGUGCCGCUAAAACCCACUGCUGAGUGUAGUGAUAAAAGCUGGCGUUGCAUCAUUUGGUCGUUAUCAAUUUUCGAUUAUUGCUCAAAUAGCAAGAAAAUUGCCAAUGAUUUAUGCCCAAAAUCAUGUGGUACCUGUUCUGACCAACUGAUAAACAAACCAAAAGCACCAACAGCAACACCAGCACCACCACCACCGCCACCAAAAACAACAAAGUCUGAAAUAGAGACAAUAAUAUUAGACUUGUCAUCAGAAGUACCUGCUGAUACUGCACAAAUACGGUAUACAACCGUUACUACUUCUAAUAAUGCUAUUGUCACUACUGGUAAACCUAUUGGCCUAUCAACAGGCAAUUUAGAACUCACAACAACUACUUGUCGUGACCUUGAUUAUUCAUGUCCAAUCUUAGUACGAAUUACGGAUUGUGAUGAUUUCUUUCCACAUUAUUCGAUGAAAACUAUUUGUCCUUUCUCUUGUGGUUUUUGCUCGAAUAACAACAAUGACAACAACGACAACAAUAACAACAGAAAUAACAACAACAAUAGAACACCGAAAAAACCAACAAAAAAAUGUGAAGACAGGGGAAGUUAUAUAACAUGUAAGCUGGCGCUUUUUUUCAAUGAAUGUGAUGAAAAAGUGAAUUUAUGUGCAAAAACUUGCGGUGCUUGUUGA